AUGUCUUCAAAACUCUAUUCGGACGACGACGAGGAGGAGGAGGAGGAGGAAAACGACGACUCUUACCCGAAAGAUUUAUACGCGACUUUAGGCUUGAGAAAAGAGGAUUCCCCGACGUCCGUGGAGAUUAAAAAAGCCUACCAUCGAUUCGCGUUGAAGUUACACCCGGAUAAAAACCCCUCGAAAGAUGCGUCGAAACAGUUUCAGACGUUGCAGAAAGUGUACGCGGUUUUGAGCGACGAGAAGAAGAGGAAAGCGUACGAUGAAACCGGAAGGGUGGAUGAGAUGGAUUCGGAGGAGUUUAACGACUUGUACGAGUAUUAUCGGACGAUGUAUAAGAAAGUCACGGAGGAAGAUAUACUGCAAGUGACGAAGGAGUAUUUAGGGAGCGAAGAGGAAGCGCGAGAUUUGAAAGCGUGUUACGUGAAAUUUGAGGGCGACAUGACGAAAGUGUUUGAAUGGCAGAUGUGUUCAGAUAUCGAGUUCGAUUCGCACCGGUUCGCGGAGCUUAUCGACGGUUAUAUUUUCAGCGAGAAUUUGGAAAGGUAUCCAAAGUAUGAGGAGUAUUUGAAGAAGCACGUGAGAGGGAAAAAAGCGCCGGUGGACCCGUUGACGAACAGAGUGAGCAAGAAAAAGUUGAAGAGCAGCGGUAAUGGAAAGGAGAAUGGCGAGAUUGGGGGAGGUAUGGGCGAUUUGCAGGCGUUGAUAUUGGCGAAGAAUAAGAGUCGAGCGGGCGCGGCGGAUGAUUUGUUCGCGAGGCUGGAGGAGAAAUAUGGUGGUGGCGGGAAGAAGAAAGAAAAGUCGACGCCAACGAAAGUGAAAAGUGGGAAAGUCUCGAAGAAGAAGUAA